AUCAUUGAGAUAACAGCUGUUUACAUUGUGUGCUGUUAGUUUUCUUUGUGUCUGGGAAUUAAUUGAAUUAAAUUAAAUUACUUAACGCCAAUUAAUUAAAGAUGGCAACGGUACGCAUACCCAAGCAAAAGGUUAUACUCUGUGGCGAUUAUGGAGUGGGAAAGAGUUCCCUGUUCCGACGAUUUACGAACAACACAUUCAUCACAGAGACAGACCGCAAAUCCACACUGGGAUUGGAUCACAUCGACAGGGAGUACAAUGUGGGCGAGAAACAGAUUAAGCUGCAACUGUGGGACACUGGUGGCAUGGAGCGUGUGGCAUCGGUCACCUCAUCCUAUUACAAAUUUGCCGAAGGUGCCAUACUCGUAUUUGCCUUGGAUAAUGCGGCAUCGUUUCAUUCAUUGUCACAACACUUGCUGGACAUUGUCACCUAUGCGGAGAAUGCCAAAAUUUUCAUCUGUGGCAACAAGAGCGAUCUCGAGGGUCGGGAGCCGGAGGUCAGCGAUGAGGAAGUCGAAGCAUUCUGUGAACAAUGCCAUUCACUGAUUAGUGCCACCUACAAAACAUCCUGUCGCACGGGCAACGGCAUCGAGGCAAUGUUUCAGGACAUCUCGCGGCAACUGGUGCAGGCAAAUCGUUCCAAAAUGGAGCUACAGGAACUGGAAAGGCAAUCCUUUCAAAUCGACAAGGCCAACGAACCGGAGCUGAACGAGGAAGCCUCCGCUUGCAGCUGCUAGCAAUUGGGGAACAUUGAGUUUGGCUAAUACUAAAUGCCAACCUCAAUGGAAUGCAGAAAUGCAUUUAUUUCAUUUGGCUUUGAUUUAUUGCAAGCAGUUAUGACUAGAAAAGGGUAUGCAAGUAUCUCAAUUUGCUAUUUUAAAAGUGCAAUUCAAUAUGCUUAAAUUAAAAAACAGAUUUUAAGCAAUAAUUUUAGAGUGUUGCGUUUUUUAAAGGUGCAAUGUUUAACAAAAUUGAAAUUGUAGCUUUUUUAAAUGGAUUUUCGAAACUGUAAU